AUUUUCUCGGAUAUCUCCGGACCAGCAUUGAUUGUCGUGUGUCAAGGCCCUUGUCCUGGACUGUUAUAUCCUUGGAGAAGAUACUUAAGUGGUAAAUUAUGCGAACUGUGACCGGUCGCAGCAAGAGGGAGACUCUGCGACAACUUCUUGACGAUUGGCCGAGAGCGCUUGUCUCGAUUGUCCGCUCAUGUUUCAGCGACGAGUCUGCAUUGCACGGGAGUCUUGGUCUUCCGUGGAUUCCACCAUCUGAGACACGCUGCUUCCGCGGUGGUAUAUAAACCUCACCUCUCCGCUCUGUCUCUCUAUCGACACUUUCAUCAAGACCUCCAUCAUCUACUUGCACAUCCAACCCAACUGAAAGCUUCGACAUGUUCAAAUCUAUCAACAAGAUCAACGAUUCGACGAUCACGCUCGCUGACUUUGAUGUUCUCAACCGCAUCGGUCAGACCUCGAAAUCCAAUGUGCACCUGGUCAAGCACAAGACCACCGGCGAUCGCUUCGCUCUCAAGACGGCUUUCCGUGAACCCCAGUCCGACCGUCUUCACCCGGCCAUCAACGAGCAGGCCACGUUCAAACGUAUCGCCGCGGCCGGUUUCGAGGUCUCCCGCUCCCUUCUGCGGCUCCACGCCAGUUGGGAAGACGAGUCCCGCUACUGCUUUUUGUCUGAGUGGUGUGCCGGUCGUGAUCUCACUUCUUACCUGGCCAACGGACACAAGCACUGGGGCGGUCUCUCGGCUCCUCGCGUGCACUUCAUGUUUGCCCAACUGGUGACCGCGCUCGACUCGCUCCACCAGCUCAACAUUGUCCACCGCGAUGUCCGGCCGGCGAACAUCUUCUUCACCCAGGACGGCAACAUCGUGCUCGGCGACUUUGAUCUCGCGGUCCACCUCCCCGGAUCGCUCAUGAACGGCACCGAUGAUCCCGCGGAAAUCGUGUUCGACGUCUCGGCCGACGCUGACUCGGGGUCGUUCUUCACACAGAGCUGGGACGAGGUUCUGGGUGUGACGAGGGAGCGCUGUGGGACGGCGGGCUACAUGUCGCCGGCCCAGGUGCAGGGUACGCCUUACAGCUUCGACGCCGAUCUGUACGCGCUGGGUGUUGUGGUGCAUCAGCUGGCGACGGGUCAAGCAAGUCCCUCCUCUGCCAUGCCCUCGGCUGAGACUCCCGAGCUGCUCGCAACCGUCGACACGGACCUGGCGGGCGUCAUCCGGGGCCUGCUCGACCACAGCCGCGACACGCGCCUCACGAUCGCCCAGCUCAAGGAGCACCGGUACUUCUCGAACGUCAACUGGAAGAAGAUGGCUCGACACCAAGUCCCGGCACCGUGGUCCCCGGUCCCGGCCUACGUCCCAUCGACCGCGCGCAAGAGUCCGUUCCCUCUCUCGGCGACUCGCGAGGGCAGCCCUUUCGAGUAUGUGUCUCCGGUUUUCCGCAUGUCCCGACGCGGCGUCUCGUCUGUCCUGCGCCGACUCGUCUCUCGUUCCCGUUCCAAGCACGUUGCUCCGGUCCCGGUUGUCGUUGUUCCCGAUACGGUCUCGCAUACUGUCCCAGCGCCGCCUCUGACGUACGCCCCCAAGCUCGCCUCGUCGCCUUUCCCCUCGCUCUGGCACUCGCAGACGGUCGACAAGAUCGCGGCAAUGCGGUUCUCGGUCAUGGACAGAACGUCGCCGGUGUGCGACAGCGAUUCGUCAAGGAGCAGUGUGGCUUCGGCCGACAGCUGGUCAUCGGACAGCAGCGAUCUGGAAGCGUGGUGCGGCGCUCGAAAACCGAAACCGGCGGCUUCCGCGCUCGUCUCCGCUCCGCGCAAUGCGUUGGCAGCAGUUCCUCAUUUCGUUUCUCUUGCUGUGGAUUUGUGAUUCUGUUUUCUGUGCUCUCCCUCGUCUGCGUUAUUCGUCUUUCUGUCCGCCGCACUGGAUGCUGGCAUGUUUUGCUUUGCUUUGCGCUUUUCCUCCCCUAAUGCGUGGACUCGUAAUGCGUGGAUUUAUAAUGCAUACCUUACUAUAGGAUACCUCACAACUGUAAAAAAACAAAACCCAAAAAGAUCAAAGAUAACAUUCACAA